UCCUUCAUGCUCACUGAUCAGAAUACACCCCCCUGCAUAAGACCCCGGGAGACGGGAGGGAGGGAGCGAGGCGAACUUCCCAGGGGCUCCCUAGCAGGGCUUGCCGCAGCGCUACUGCCUGGGCUGUGCCCACUCGCUCGCCCUCUCCUCUCAGUGACAUUGCCCUGGGGACAGCUGCUGCCAUCUAACGUUUCCCUCUAGGGUCUGGCUUCCACUGCGGGAGGGGAGGAGGGUGACACACACCGCACCUUGGUUUCCAAGCAAGCCAGAGAGUGCGGGAAGCGGGGCGAAAGAAGCGAGAGGGAUCGCCUCCCUUCCCACCCCGCCUUCACCUCCUCCUUGCCGAGUGGAUGCCAAGCCCUGGCUUUCCUACUUCCAAGUACUUUCUAGCCGGACCUCCGGAUCCAGCUAGACGGAGAGAAACUUUGGUGGCUUUGCAGCGCUCUUCCUGCCCCUUCAGCAGCAGCAGCAGCAGCAGCAGCAUGAAAUCAGCAGAGGAAGAACACUAUAAUUAUGCAUCUUCAAAUAUAAAUGCCGGUUUGCCUCUAAAUGUGGUACAUUCCUCAUUGUCAACUCCAUGUCAUGGCCUUCAGACAUCCAAUCCUGUCAUUUCAAUUGUCCCAUCAACAAAUCAUCCUUCUGGAUAUGGAGGACACGUUGAUGGUGGGGCCUCUGGAUAUUAUCUGUCUCCAAAUGUCAGACCUAAUGGAGCCGCAGCCUUAGAAAGCCCCAGAAUUGAGAUAACUUCUUAUCCGGGACUGCAUCAUAAUAACAACCAGUUUUUCCAUGAUGCCGAGGUUGAGGAAGCUAUCCCAAAUGCUAAGCGAUCACCUUCUACUGCCACUUUGAAUUUACCAAAUAUUGAGGCUUACAGAGACCCAUCUUGCCUGAGUCCAGCAAGUAGCUUGUCUUCCAGAAGUUGCAAUUCUGAAGCUUCUUCCUAUGAAUCCAAUUAUUCUUAUCCUUAUACUUCACCCCAAACAUCUCCAUGGCAGUCCCCAUGUGUGUCUCCUAAGACCACUGACACUGAGGAAGGAUAUCAGCGCAGUAUGGUGGCCUGUACUUUACUUAAUUCACCAAGACAGUCUCCAUCUACGUCUCCCAGAACAAGCAUUACAGAGGAAAACUGGCUAAGUGCUUGCAACUCAAGACCAUCUUCUCCCUGUAACAAAAGAAAAUACAGCCUAAAUGGUAGGCAGACCUCAUACUCACCACACCACUCUCCGACACCUUCUCCUCAGAGUUCUCCUCGGGUUAGUGUAACUGAUGAUACAUGGCUGGGAAACACUAACCAGUAUACCAGUUCUGCUAUAGUUGCAGCUAUCAAUGCCCUUACCACUGACAGCACAAUAGACAUGAAUGAUGGAAUUCCUAUUAAAUCUAGGAAGACUGCAAUAGAUCAUACCCCAUCCAUGACUCUCAAGACUGAACCAAGUGGUGAGGAUCAUGGGACCAUAUCACCAACUGCUGAUUUAUCACCAGAAGAGUUUUCCGGGUUUCAGCACAUCCGGAAAGGAAACUUCUGUGAUCAGUACCUUUCUGUGCCACAGCAUCCAUACCAAUGGGCCAAACCAAAGUCUCUGUGUCCUACGUCAUACAUGAGCCCAUCCCUGCCUGCCCUUGAUUGGCAGUUGCCAUCUCACUCAGGACCUUAUGAACUUCGGAUUGAAGAACAGCCCAAAUCCCAUCACAGAGCUCAUUAUGAGACGGAGGGGAGUCGAGGGGCUGUGAAGGCAUCUGCUGGGGGACAUCCUGUUGUGCAGCUACACGGUUACUUAGAAAGUGAGCCGCUCACGCUACAGCUGUUCAUUGGGACUGCAGACGACCGCCUGCUGAGACCUCAUGCCUUCUACCAGGUUCAUCGAAUCACAGGGAAGACUGUUUCCACCACCAGCCAUGAAACAAUACUUUCCAACACCAAAGUCUUGGAAAUUCCACUUCUACCAGAAAACAAGAUGAAAGCAAUCAUUGACUGCGCUGGAAUUUUAAAACUUAGAAAUUCAGAUAUUGAACUACGAAAAGGAGAAACAGACAUCGGAAGGAAGAAUACACGAGUGCGGCUGGUCUUCCGAGUUCACAUCCCACAAUCCAACGGGAGAACUCUGUCUCUGCAAGUAGCAUCCAACCCUAUUGAGUGUUCUCAAAGAUCUGCCCAGGAACUGCCUUUGGUGGAGAAGCAAAGUGCUGACAGCUUUCCUGUGAUUGGAGGGAAAAAAAUUAUACUGUCUGGCCAUAACUUUCUACAAGACUCCAAAGUCAUCUUUGUGGAGAAAGCGCCAGAUGGUCACCAUGUGUGGGAAAUGGAAGCCAAAACCGACAAAGAAAUGUGCAAACCAAAUUCGUUGGUGGUGGAGAUACCACCUUUCCGCAAUCAGAGAAUUACCAGUCCUGUUCAGGUCAAUUUUUAUGUCUGCAACGGAAAGCGGAAGAGAAGCCAGUACCAGCUAUUCACCUAUCUUCCUGCUAAUGUUCCAAUUAUAAAAACAGAACCCAGUGAUGACUAUGAGCCUGCUCAAACCUGUGGACCAAUGACCCAAGGAUUAAACCCUCUCUCUAAACCAUACUACAGCCAGCAGAUCUUGAUGCCUCCUGAUCCUGGUUCGUGCCUUGUGGCUGGCUUCACUUCCUGUCAGCAGAGAAACACUGUGAUGUCAUCUUCCCCCAACUCAAGCCCCAAGCUGCAUGAUCUUUCAUCUUCUGCUUACAAGUGCAUCACCAACCCGGGCCACAGUCACCUAGGACUUCAGCAGCCCGCUGGAGGUGUCCCCACCAUACAGGAAGUGCCAAGGUCUAUAGUUGUGCACCCAAGUUCUCCAGAGCAAUCAUCUCUCAUCAUGCUGCAGCCGCAGGUGAGUCAACAUCUGAGCAGUAGCUGUUCCCUUGGUUACCAACAAACACUCUAUCCCAACAGUCCCUCUUCUCCAGUUCCAUCCGUUACCCAAGAGCCAACCUAUUUGCAGUCCUGCAGUCCAACUCACUCAUCCAUAAUGGGUCAACAGCAGCACCAACUGCCGAAGGUUCAAAGAAAUGAGUCUCCAACAAACCAACCACUGUCAUUGCCAGAGUUGCAUGAGGACAGUAAUCAUAAUUUGGCCCCUAUUCCUGUAAUGAUCAAGCGAGAACCUGAGGAAUUGGACCAGUUGUACCUGGAUGAUGUAAACGAAAUUAUCAGGAAUGACCUCUCCAGCACCAAUGUCCAUUCAGAGCUUGCAAUACUGGACUAGUUCAAAUCAAUACACGUUUAGCUCAGCUGGUAUAUCAGCUACAGCACAGAGCUGUCGUAACUGAAUAAACUGAAGACAUUAUCUGGUACCACUCUGAUCUUCUGCCUUACUGAAUGUUAAGAACUGAAGAUUUACCUCUUGCCUACAAAGAAGUAUCUCUUCAACCAACGAAACAUCUUCUUUAAAGAAAAUCAUCUCAAGAGGAGAAAAAAAGAGGAGGGAAUAAACUCUAAGAUGGCACAUUUCAUGGGAUAAAACUGGGAAAUUCAACAAAAGCUGAUGGCUUGUCCCCAGCACUGAGCCUUUUGGCACCACUGGAAUUCAACCCUGGAAGUGCCUUAUUUUACCAGAUUGUGGCAUCAGGACUUUUUUAAUAGGCUUUGAAUUUUCUACCGUUAAAAGUAUUUGUAGGUGCAGAAGCUAUAACGCUUGCAUUCUGGCAAUUGAUAUUUUAAAAAUCACAAGACAGCCGGUUGGAAAGGGAAUGACAUCCCUACUCAAAGUCAAAUACAUUUAUGAAUUCCAGAAUUUCUUCAGCUUUUCCUCUGCUGUAAUGUACAGCCUGUUGCCUUAUUCUCAGUGCAUUUCAAAAGCCUCCCGAUUUGUCAUCUCAGCUCUUUCUUUUUUUCAUAUACCGUCCUUAUUCUCUGCUAGUGAAUCAUAGGAUUGUUAGUCAUAGCAUGUUAAGAUUUUGAUUUUAAUCUGGCUUCAGUCAUAGCACAAGUAUGUUGAAUAGCACAAGAUAAUACGGUUGAUGGACAAAAAAAUUGAAAUCUAUCUAUUACACGAUAGAUGUAUGUGUAUGCAUGUACAUACAUUCUAGUAUAUAUGCAUAUAUUUAUAUAUGACAAGUAAUAUAGGUGAUUGCCUGGCCAGGGCACUGAAUUCAGCAAUAAUUUCCAUUUCUGCAAUGCAUUUCAGAUCCCAAACAAUGUUUCAGCUACUUCUGUUGAUGGUUUGUUACAUCUAAGACAGGUAUGCAUUUUCUUUCCUCAUGCAGUUAAGCAAGCACUUUAGACAGUCAAGAAGGAUGCAUACAAAAUACAUAAUUAUUUACCAAAUGGCAAAAUAUGAAUUAAAAAAAUUGUAAAUACCAUUAUGAAAGAGUGUAAAAUAUUUGUUCAAUUAUAAGAUUGUUAUUCCACAGAAGCCUUAUAAUUCUCUGCUACAUGUACGAAAAAUAAUAUUAUCAAAAACCAAAUGUUUAAUAUGCAAUGCUGUACAAUAUGUUUUCAGAUUAGCUAAUGUUUAUGGCGCACCAGAUAGGCUUGUAAGCGUAGUCUUUACCAUUGUAUUUUGUGCAAUCAAUUGCUUAUUAUAUAACUAGCAAUGACUUCUUAUUUCAUAGAACCAAAAAAGAAAAAAAAAAAAAAGAGAGAGAGAGCAUGGUUUAAUUUAAAAAUGUUUAACGUUAAUAUUGUGCCUUAGGAAUCAGCGACCCCUACUGGAAAUAUGCCUGAACAACACCUCUGUGUUGAGGUCGUAACUAAUUAACCACAAUGUUAUAAAAAUUGAACAGAUUUCACAAAAAAGUGAAAUUCUCCUAAACAGUUUUUAAAUAUAUUAUUCUGUACAAUUAUGUCUUACUUUCUUUUUUUAAAAUAUUGAAAGCCAUAUAUGUCACAUUUGCACAUUACUGUGAAGACAUAAGAAUAUAAUAUGGCUCUAUGAACAUAUUAUGCUGUUUCUGGUCCUGAUAGUACUCUGUAAUUCCCAAUCUGUUUAAUCCACGUUAUUUACCCUGUGUUUAGCAUUGUAGAACUUGCAUGAAACAUUUCUUGUAGACUGCCAUAUAAAAAAUUAAAAAGUGUGACAGAUGUCAGCUUAACUUGUAGUUAGAAAAAUAGAUCCAAUAAAGCAAGUCUGGAAGCUAGUGUUAGAGUGGUUCAUUUUAUGUUAUCUUGAAAAAUCUUCCUUUCUCGUAUAAAAUAAGCAUUUUUACAUUAUAUACAUAUAUACAUAUAUAUCACACGCUCUUCUAUUUGAAGAUAUUUGCAUCCUGCUGCAGCCUACUAAUAUACUCAUGUUAUUAGAGAAGUAAAUGUCUUUUGCCAACAGAAUCACACUUUUUUCUCCUUCUUUUAAAAGACAUUACUGCCAAAGAAAUAAAAAUUGAUAUAUGAUAUAAUUCUCAGAUGCUAUUCACUCUGUACUUCAGAAAUGUCAAUAAAGUGUGAGUGGAAGAACCUAUUACAGAAAUAUCCUUGGUGAGGCUUUGAACCCCUCCUCCCACACACACACUGUCUGCAUUACUGCAAUAACUUUAGCAAGAUAAUCAACUGUAUGUUUUGAAUAUGUUGCAUCUCCUUUGUCCUUAAUUUUUAUUUUUCUUCUUUAAGCUAUUUUGAAAAAAAAAUCUGUUACUUUUAAGCCUGGAUAAUGGAAGAUUAUGCAUCUCUUGUAUAUGUACU